AUGAAAUAUGUAAGCGAAGAAUGCUUAUUGGAAGCAGGAGAAUACAUUGUAAGCAUUCGAUCACUUAACUGCAUGGAAUUCAGUAAUAGAGAAUAUAACGAUGAUACAAUGGAACUUGUUGGAGCAGAUGGAAAAUUAACUAAACAUUUUAAAAUGACGUUAAUGAAUAUGUUUGAUAUGUUUGAUUUUGAUGAAAGUGGUAAAUUAAGCCGAGAAGAAUUUGAAAUAUAUAAUGUGUUAGCUAGUGGUGAACAUGUUUUGGAUCAGGAAUGGGAAAUAUUGUGCAAAUGUUUUGAAUUAAAAAAUGAAGAAUUAACAAUGAAUGCAUUUAUAUCACUCCAUCAGAUUGAAGCAGAUGGAAACCCUGAUUUGACCGACAUUUGGAUGUCACUCAUUUCUGUUGGUUACGAUAAACGAUUGGAUCUUGUUGAAAAUUGUCCGUGUUCAUUUACAAUUUUUUCUGAAUCACAAAUUCAUAUGAGAGAAGUAAAGUUACGUGAACCAACGAAAAUAGAAGAAGAAGCUUUGGGUGAAUAUUUUUGGAGAAAUGGCAAGGAAGUUGAUAAUGACAUAGACAUACGUAUUUGGAAAUGCGAUUACUUUGCCAUUGGCGUGGCAGGACCAAUGAAGCUGCCUUACGCUGUCAAUCUUCAUUACGAAAGAUCAGCAAAUGUAUUAGUUAAAGAACACAUAAGUCUUCAAAGGAUACCACUAAAAUUUAUUAAACCAAAAAUACUACUUCAAGCAGUUGCAAAGGAAUCUGAAUGGUCAUUAAAUUUGACAGUUGAGACAACAACAUGA